ACGCAAAGAUUGGCGACCAUGUCUGAAUAUUGGGUGUCCAAUAAAAAGUAUUUCUGCAAGUACUGCAGAAUAUAUAUACAGGAUAACAAGAUCAGCUCUCUUGUCUUUCAUAAAUUCCUCUACAGAGUCGACAAACACAUGAGAAUGGAAGGAAACACAAGGAUAACGUAAACGCUUACCUUCAAGAUGUCCACAAAAGGCAAGAAGAACAGUCACAAGAAGAUGCGAAGACUAGGGCCAUGCUUGCGCGAAUAGAACAGGCUGCAAGUAAGCAAUAUGCGCAGGACACGCGAUCAAAACCGGACAUUGCUGCUUGGGAUCCUACUGUGGAGGCGGCAAAAGCGCAGAAGCAAGCGUACGUACCUGAACCUGACAAGGGUCGGCCGAAGGUGAUACCAGAUGCUGUACAUCAAACACGACCGCUACAACCUGUGAGUACUACCCACGAUGAUGACGGACACCCCUACGGUACAUGGGCUGUGGUUGACACCCCACCACCGCCAUCUGGGACGGAUCCGGCCCAAAACCAAAAGGGAAAAGACCGAGGCGAUGCUGUCAAUGAAUGGGCAGAUUAUGGAGAGGAAGAGCCAGAGGAACAUGUAGCUUCAUUCAAAGUCAAGGAGAAGACAUUGUCAACAGAUAUGGGAGAGGAGGACGCUCCAGGACCUGCAACUGCUACAUUUAAAAAGCGGAAGAUGACAAGCAACAAAGCGAGCCGGAAUAUUCGUAAAAGGACAGAUUGACAGACUCAGCAUGAAUAAAGAACUCGGCUCACUUCUGUUUCACAGACCGCACAUUGAACAACGUGGUAAUCAUUUGCGCAGGAAAUUACGCCUCCUCGCAAACCGCUGAAUAUCUUAAAGAAGCCCACCGUGCAUCAUCAUUGUUGCUACGCACGCAAGUCGAGUAUGUAUUGCCCGUGUCAUCUCGUAGGAGAUAGAUUGCGAUUAAAACCCCGCCGUCGAUUCAUAUACUGGCGAUAAGUUCGCUGCUUGUUGAUCGACACCGCGCUCACAUCCGUCCCGGCAACCUUCUUUCCCUGUUCAAAUAAGAUUUAAUAAAUGAACUGAA